UGAUUUACUUCCGGGUGAUGUUUACUGCAACAGGGACGAUCAGUAGGCUCUAUUGAGGAGCCCCUUCUAGAUGUGAUGCUACUACCACCCAUCUGAUUAAAAAAAAAACUUAAGUUAGUUAUAAUAUAGGUUUGAAAUACAUUAACAAUAACUUCGUGCCUAGCGACACCAAAAUAGUGGACAGCAAGCAACGUAUUUUCUGUGAGCUGCUACUGGCAAGCUAACGUUACAUGGUGGACUUCCUCUGAGCUCGGAUGUUGCAACAUUUCUACGACGAGGUAGCCGUUAGCUAGCUAGCUCCUUUAUUGAUUUCGCAUAUACCCAGAUGUUCGAUAAUACUUAAAUAUCGUACAUAAAUAAUUUAUUAUUGUACAAUAUGUUAUAAAUUCACGCUUUGUAUAUCUUAAGGUCAUCCCCGCGCUUCACCAGAGGCAUAAAUUGUAAAGGGCUUCGGCUUGGACGAGUUGUCUCUGACGUUAACUGACGUUAACCGUUAGCUAACGUUAACUAGGUUAAGUUAACGUAACUAGCGGUAGAUUAAACCAUAGUAACCGACGGAAGCCAUUCCAGAAAAGGGACUCUGCCGUCAUGUUGGUUAAGCUAGCCCGUUGUUAACUAGCACCAUUACCCGCGGCUUAUCUUAAGUCGGUGUUUGAGCUGGAUGUUGUUGAACAGGGCCCUCUACGGCGAUCAAACACUGACGCAAGCUGUCCGUUAUCGUUUCCCGUAUUUGUAUUUAUUUGCUCUACCUCAGCCCCUUCAUUCAUUUCUCUUUGGUCUUCCUGAAGCUGGCGGGCCACCACCACAUUUUGCCUAACAGACUGCUAAGGGGGCUCACACAAUCGUUAAUUGUAGCGCUGACUAUCCGCACAGCGAGCGCGUCUGACCGGCGUGGUUUGGCUGUAGACGCCUGCCAUCUGAGGGCAAACACAGCCCAAACCAAUGUGAAGCAUAACCCCGGGGUCAUAGAGUCACAUCUAGUUGAAAGACGGUGCACUGCCUUCCAAUACCGAGGCCAGAAGACUACAGCGGAAAGUGAAGGUCCUCGACACCGGGCCGCCAAGCUCGCAAUGCCCGGAUCCACGGCCAGCAGCAAAGCUCGGGUGUACACCGAUGUCAACACGCAGAAGAGCAGGGAAUACUGGGACUAUGAUGCACAUGUGCCAAGCUGGAGCAAUCAAGACAACUAUCAGUUGGUGCGUAAACUAGGAAGAGGGAAGUACAGUGAAGUAUUUGAAGCCAUCAACGUGAGCAACAAUGAGAAGGUGGUGGUGAAAAUCCUCAAGCCCGUCAAGAAGAAGAAGAUCAAACGGGAGAUCAAAAUUCUUGAAAACCUGCGUGGGGGAACCAACAUCAUUCGUCUGGUUGAUACUGUGAAAGACCCAGUGUCCAGAACACCAGCGCUUGUCUUUGAGUGCAUCAAUAACACAGAUUUUAAGGAGCUUUACCAGAAGCUGACAGACUUUGAUAUUCGUUACUACAUGUAUGAGCUUCUUAAGGCUCUGGACUACUGCCACAGUAUGGGGAUCAUGCACAGGGAUGUGAAGCCCCACAAUGUCAUGAUUGACCACCAACUGAGGAAGCUGCGUCUUAUAGAUUGGGGAUUGGCAGAAUUCUACCAUCCCGCUCAGGAAUACAAUGUCAGGGUGGCUUCACGCUAUUUCAAAGGCCCUGAGCUGCUAGUGGACUAUCAGAUGUAUGACUAUAGUUUGGACAUGUGGAGUCUAGGCUGUAUGUUGGCAAGCAUGAUCUUCCUGAAGGAGCCUUUCUUUCAUGGCCAAGACAACUAUGACCAGCUGGUCCGCAUCGCUAAGGUUCUUGGGACUGAUGAACUCUUUGGCUACCUGCACAAGUAUCACAUAGAACUGGACACUCGCUUCAAAGACCUGCUUGGCCAACAAACCAGAAAGCGCUGGGAGCAGUUUGUCCAGACGGAGAACCAGCACCUGGUGAGCCCUGAAGCCCUCGACCUGCUGGACAAGCUGCUGCGCUACGACCACCAGCAGAGGCUGACUGCUGCUGAGGCCAUGCAGCACCCCUACUUCUAUCCUGUGGUGAAGGAACAAACAAACACCAGUACGGAUGGCAUAAAGGCAAUAAGCAGUUCAAAUGCAACAUGAUAAGCAGAAAGGAGGAAGAACCUUUGUUACCUCAACUUGACCUUUUCGUGGCAGAAACCUCUGCCUCCACAUCAACAGCCAUAUUGGAGCAAGAUGUCAAUUUUGCAGCAUACACAAACACACACGGAUUAAUCUAACCCCUUAUAAAACCCGGGGAGUCAGAGCCGCUUGGUCUGAAUCAAAAAUGAAUCCGAUCUGAGCUUUUUGAGGUGCCCCCUGGUCCCUCCAAGGCUCUCUCCCUGCACCACCUUCAACCUGUUUUUAAAACGAGCAAAGUGACUGUUGUUGGAUCUGUAUCAAGCCAGUGUUGUGCUGUAAGAUGUGUGUCCGUCAUUAUGACGCUGUGGUGACCUGAGAUCCAGUUCCAGGUGAUAGCACUGAGUGGCAUGGAGGCUCUUUUCUGCUAUGGAUACAAACAAAUGCUAUAUUGAAAGAGAAUAAACCAUUUUUAUUUAAAUACA